CGCGCCCCCCGAUUUCACCAAUUUCACCAAUUUGCCUCAGUCUUCAAUACAAACAUUGUGAAUAUGGCUUUGGAGCUGGCCCGAAAGCGUCGUUUAGACGAGGAACCCGUGAGGUCAAUUGUAUCCGAACUAAUACAACCUCAGCCCGAAGAGUGUGGAGGGCAUGAUCAAGAUACCAAAAAUGUCGUCUGCAAGCCAUCCGCCCUCAAGCGUCAAAGACGUGUGAGCCCUAUUCAGCAUUCUGGGCAAGAAGCGGAGCUGAAUGCCGAAAAUUCCUGUCUGAUAAGUUGUGCGGAGCUCGCUCGUUGGCUGACUUCCUCCUCAGACUGUCAGAAGUGCGCCAAGAUACCGCGUGUCCUUCUGUUAGACGUUCGACCGGUUCCAGUUCAGGCCAGGACCCGUAUCGCCUCUGCCCUUGGUGUUCCCUGCGAUACCAGAGUGAAGAUGCGGCGAGCUCUGCCAGCUCUAGAUGCCUAUUUGCAGACAAACGAGAGACGAGUCCAGACGACUCACAAUCCGUGA